CCGAAGAUUCCAUCUAGUCGUCAUCGGAUCUCGCUCUCCACCGCUUUUGGAAACUUCGUGUUGAAUCAGACGACUAGCGGCACUCUCGACGAACCAAAACCCUAUCCGUCCGCCUGAGUGAUGAGCAACGGCGGCGAGUGUAGAUACGUGAUCGGUCAAAAUGCUUACAUCAAGCUGGUUCUUCAUGCCUUGAAGCACAAAACCUCCGCCGUUAACGGCGUCCUCCUCGGCCGUCUUUCCGGCGAUAUAGUGGAAAUCACCGACUCAGUCCCUCUCUUCCACUCUUCUCAGAUCGGGCUUCUGCCUCCCCUAGAGAUCGCCUUAAUUAUGAUAGAGGAGUAUUACAGUUCACAGGGGCUGAGUAUAGUCGGUUAUUUCCACGCCAACGAACGAUUCGAUGAUCUAGAGCUCGGUACUGUUGCUAAGAACAUUGCCGAUCACGUUCAUCGUUAUUUCCCCCAAGCCGUGGUACUUUUGCUCGAUAACAAAAAGCUUGGAUCUUUGAGAAACAAGAAGGACAAGUCUCCUGCAGUGCAGGUUUAUGCACGAGAUUCCUCCUCCUCCAGGAGUUGGAAGCAGGUUGAGUCAGAUCGCAUGACCACCAAGGAGCCAUCUGCCAACAUCGUCCUUUUGGAUUUCAUUUCAUCCCAGAAAUGGAAUGAUAUCAUAGACUUCGAUGACCACCUUGAUGACAUAACCAAGGAUUGGCUCAACUCUCAACUCUUCAAUUAGGAUUCCAAUUCUUUCUUUUUUGCUUUUCCCAUCUCACCUGUAACCUUAACAUGUGUGUUCAUUUUUGGUUUAUCGACUUUGUUUUUGACUUGAUUGAGAAUUAGCUUUUCUGUAGUUGGAGUUGGUUUGAACAGAAUCAGAAACUGCAUUACGUCUUUCUUAAACAUGAAAUAUUUGACUUUGAAAAAAGUUAGACCAUUAAUCACUUUUUUAUAUUCUA